GUGGCGAGGGAUAAUAUCGUACUGUCCCUGAUUUUUUUAAUAUUUAUAACAUUAUUAAUUUUGUGCGUGUUUUCAGUUCGAUAUGGCUUUUGUAUUUGCUUGUUUUGAAAAGUAAAAUCGCCCUGGGUUAUACCAUUGAAAUAACCAAGUUAGAGAACGUCGACCGACAACCAGAAAAGUGUCAGCUACUUAACGGAGACUGGAUCAGUUGCUUGCCACAUGGAAUGUAACUUGACAUCAACAUGAAUGGAGGUGUAAAUGGUAUGAUGGAGGAGUCCAAGGAGGAGUGUCAUGCUGACCAUCCAGAACAUGUAAAAGAGGUCAAAAUUGAUACCUCUGACGAGGUAGCAUUAGAUGCAAACCAAAGUGAACAUGACGAUUCAAAUAGAAAUAAUCUUAUAGACAAUGGUACUGAACCCACAGAGAGUUCUUGUGCUGAUUUGGCAGAUAAUGCUAACAGUAUAAGUAGUAUUGAAAACGAGGUUGGUGAAUCUUCUACUGUAACAUCUUCACAACCUACGCUAGAGGAAAGUAGCCACAAUAAAGCCCUAACAAACCACUGCACUAACAGUAAUGAAUCAUUCAUUGAUGCAGUAGAGAGUCGUUCUAAAUCAGAAGUUGUAUCUGAACAAGAAACUGAAAAUUGCUUGACAUCGCAAGAUAGUUUAAGUAACGAGUUCAAAAAGGAAAGUCCUAGAAAUUUUGAUAAUGAUGUUGUUGGUAAAAUGACUUCUAACAAUGGGGUUUCGGAUGAAAUAGAUUCGGAAGUUGAAUCGGAAGAAGAGUAUUCUCAGGCUUCGUGUGAACGAAGAGCGGAGGAGACUGUUAGCAUCAACUCAGACUCAGAAGUAGAUGGUCAUAAUCAAACCGCCCAAGAAAGUAAAAUUAAAAUUAUAGAUUUAAUCUUAUCCGAACAUGACAGAUCUGAUAGUCAAAAUGGAAACGCAAACGACUGUUCUAGUCCAGAGGUCCAAGAAAUUACUACUGAUAAUGAAGAUAGUGUCGUAGAAGAAAAACAAAAACCCACAGAAAAUCAAAUACAGUUACGUCGAAGUAGUAGAGCCAUUAAAAGAAAAAGAUACGAUGAUGAUGUAGAAAAUGGAGAUUAUGAGUCUGAAGUUGAAGAAAUUGCUAUGGUAGAUCCUUUAAGACGUAGAUCAAAAGCGAUAGUUAUCAAUAAUACCAAAACUUUAGUUGAGAUGGCGGCCAAACAAAUGAAAUCGGGAAUCCAAAAGAAAGAACCGACAGUAGUUAUUAUAGAUACAAAUUCUAUGUCUUCUGUUAAGAGUAAUCCUAUAAAGAAAAAUUCAAUUCCUUCUAGUAAUUCGACUUUAAGUGCUCAGAAUUUAUACCAGAGUAUUAUCGCGCGAGGUACUACAGUGACUCCAAUAAGCACUAAGAAUAACAUAGCCUCUCAAAAUUCAUGCAACUCUCAAACCUCAAUAUUGCCCUCUCUCACUGACGACAUGUAUGUUGUCGAAGCGCCUUCUUUCAUAGUACCUUAUGUAUAUGAAAAGCCUUCACUCAAACCUUUUAGGAAAUUUGUAGAUAAUUUAGGUAAUGAAUUACAAGAGCAACGAGCCAAAGAAGAGGAAGAAGAAAAGGAAAGAGAAUUAGAGGAAAGAGAAAAAAAUGAGAAGGAGAAAAACGAAAAGAGAGAAAAAGGUGAAACAGUAGUAGAAUCGGACGAAGAUGCUGACGAAACGCCAUCUAAGACAAAAUAUGAACUGGAGGAAGAAAAUAAGCAAAAGAAGAGAGAAGAAAAGAGAGAACGGCGUCGGCGCAGAAACGAUGACGACGAUGCCUCUUGGGAUGGUCAAUCUUCAUCAGACUCUGAUGACGAAAUAGGUAGCGAUGAAGAGGAUAAGACUGUGGUUAUAAAGGACAAAGUGGAUGCUAUCGACGAUAUUAAAGAUGUAACUGACUUAACCGUGGACAAAGUUGUUACUGGAAAGUCUGAUAAUUAUUUUGAUCUAUCUCUUGGUAAAUUUUUUAUGAAUAUUGGCCUAAACCUUGUUCAAGAGUUUGUACAAAACGAUUUAUUGAAACAACAAAAUAGAAAACUUUAUAGAGAAAAAAAAGGAGGCCACAGUACAAAAAUUACAGAAUCUUCUAUUGCGUCACUCAAGAAAAACUUAGAAUUCAGUAAAGAGAACAAUGCGCCAUAUGCCUUUAAGCAACAUAAAUGUGAAUUUUGUACUUUUAAAACUGAGUCUUCACUGGUGAUGGCUCAUCAUUUGGAGACUCCACACAUGAAAAACAGUGUUUAUAAGUGUAACUUUUGUGUUUACGAAAGUCGUAGCCCUCACGAUAUAUUGUAUCAUAUGGAAACAGAGCAUAGUACCCGUGGUAAAUUAGAGAGGGCACCAGCGUACCAUCAAUGUGCAAACUGUCCUUUCGAGGAUAACGGAAAAGGUAAACUAGCGCGUCAUCUUAUUCCUUGUGCGAAGAAGUUCAAGCCUGAUCUAAAUCUCGCGCCGCCUAUAGAGUGGGAACCUCCAGCAAAAAUACCAAAGAUUGCUCGGGCUCGUAAUGCUAUUAUGGGUUCAUAUCAUAACACUUUUCAUCGAGGUCAAGUCGGGAACAAUUUGGGCAGGCCACCUAUUGGUAACAUCAUGGCAAGUACCAGCUUCCGUCCCCGAGGAAGGUCACCAAUGGGUAUGCCCCCUCGAUCUACUCCAGUUCAAGGAAUACCCAUCCUUCGAAGUGGACUUAUGGUGAGGCACAAUACACCAUCACCGGUUAUGGUCUCACCAAACUACCCAUUAGGAGGUAAUAAUGGAAAGAAUGCUGCAGUGCACAAGUCUCUGCACCAGCCCUCCAUUUCUAUAACUCCAUUACCAAGGCAACCUGUACCUUUGCCACAACCGCCACAGCAAAAUAAAAAUUCGUGUGUCAUCUGCGAGAUUUGCGAUGGUUACAUUAAGGAUCUUGAACAACUUAGAAAUCACAUGCAGUGGAUACAUAAAGUAAAAAUUCACCCCAAAAUGAUAUACAAUAGGCCUCCACUUAACUGCCAAAAGUGCCAGUUUAGGUUCUUCACGGAUCAAGGGUUAGAAAGACACUUAUUAGGCUCUCAUGGCUUAGUUACUAGUUCAAUGCAAGAAGCGGCAAACAAGGGAAAAGAUGCUGGACGAUGUCCAGUGUGUGGCAGGGUUUACCAGUGGAAACUUCUCAAUCAUGUAGCUAGAGACCACAACCUGACCUUAAAGCCAGCGCAUCUGUCAUACAAAUGUACAGUGUGCACAGCAACAUUCGGAAUGUACAAACAAUUCGAGAAUCACGUAUAUUCUGCUCAUAGUGUUGUUGCCAAGCGCGUUAUGGACAAAGGCAAGACCGCUCAACCUGUUAAAGCUGGACAAUCAUUGCUUAAACCUCUCAAAAUUAACGACGAAAUUACAAUCAUCCCACAACCAGUGAAAUCGACAUCACCACCAGUUCAAGAAAAAUAGAUAUAUAGUGUCGAAACUGGUAUACCAAAGCCGUGAGCUUGCCGGUGCCAUCGCCGAUUCUUACGUAUGGAUUGGGGUCUUAAGACCUUGUCACAUUACUAGUGUACAUUCAUAUGUUUCCUAGUGUACAACAAUGUGUAGAAAAUAGUGUAUCCACAAUCGUUAUGUCGUUGAGUGCGAGGACUAAGUUUGAAUAGAAAUUUCAUUAAGAAUGAGAAAACUACGUUGUUAUCAGACUGUUUGCUGUUUUUAAGAUGUAUAGAUAAUAUUUUAAAUUUUCAUCGUAUGUGCACCUUAUUGCGUUGUAUUAGAUAACGAAUAUAACUAAUUAUAUAGGGAAAAAAACAUUAAAGGGCGCAAUAAUAAAGCUGAUUCUAUAUCGUGUUAGAGACUGAUCUUUAAGUGCAAAAAUGACAUACGCUGCCGUAGGAUUGAUGCCCCGUAGAUUAAGUCAUAUGUGAAUUAUUCACAAAAAUAUCGUAGAUUGUACAAGCCGUUUAAAGCACUGUUAUGUCACUGCCACGGCUUCAAGCCAGUGAUAUAUUGAGCAAAAUAAAUUUUUACACUAAACACAUUUACUGUGUUAACAAAUGCGGCAGUGUUACUGUCAUUAAAGCCUAGAAAGAAUUUAAAUAAUAUACUAAAUAAUAUAUUACUUGAAAAA